AUGCACGCUCUGGUCGUCCUCGCCGCCCUCCUCUCCGUGGCCGCUGCCAUUCCCGCGUACGGCGUCGGCCCGGCCGUCGUCUCCAGCUACGGCUACGGCACCGUCAUCCCCGGCGCCUCCGUCUACAGCAAGUCCUACCUGGCCGCUCCGGCCGUCUACGCCGCCCCUGCCGUUUACGCCAAGUCCUACGCGGCCCCGGCGGUCCUUGCCGCUGGCCCUGCCAUCGGCUACGGCUACGGCCUGGGCGGCCUCGGCUACGGCGCCGGCCUCUACGGCGGUCUCGGCUACGGAAAGGCGUACGGCGGUCUGGGCUACGGUGGCCUCUACGGCGGCUAUGGCUAUGGCAAGGGCAUCUACUAA